AUGCUGCCGAUCAAGCUACUGUUACUGGCAACAUGUGUAUGUGCAGCAACAUCAGAAAGGCAACGACGAAGACCAGGUGACGAAAUGGCAGGGAAGAGCUCGCUAACCUUCGUGUUUGACAUUACUGGCUCAAUGUUCGACGAUCUCGUGCAAGUUCGCGAAGGUGCGAGGAAAAUCUUCCAGACAGUAAUGCAGCAACGGGAAAAGCUAAUUUACAACUACAUCAUGGUUCCCUUCCAUGAUCCAUAUCUUGGUGAAGUAAUCAACACUACUGAUGCUGCUUAUUUCAUGCGACAACUUAACAAGGUGUACGUUCAUGGUGGUGGAGACUGUCCGGAGAAGACACUAACUGGGAUCCAGAAAGCUUUGGAGUUAUCAUUACCUUCAUCGUUUAUUUAUGUGUUCACCGAUGCUCGAUCAAAAGACUACGAGCUUGAGGACAUCGUUCUGAAUAUGAUUCAAGAAAAGCAAAGCUCAGUUGUAUUUGUCAUGACUGGUGAUUGUGGGAACAGAACUCAUCCCGGUUUUCGAGUUUAUGAGAAAAUUGCAGCUGCUUCGUUUGGACAGGUGUUCCAUCUGGAGAAGAGCGAUGUUUCUACUGUACUUGAGUACGUGCGACAUGCUGUGAAACAAAAGAAGGUGCAUAUUCUAUAUGAGGUUAGGGAACGUGGAGGAACAGUGAUACGAAACGUUCCCGUUGAUAAACACAUGACUGAACUAACAUUGUCGCUAUCAGGUGAUAAAGACGAUGAAGAUAUUCUGGAUAUUACACUCAAGGAUCCAUCAGGGCGAUCUGUAGACAAGAAUAUCUACAGCAAAGAAGGGGGAAAUAUUGAUCUCAAGAAUGUUAAGCUAAUUCGACUGAAGGAUCCAAAACCAGGAAUAUGGCAGGUAAUAACGAAGUCUCGGUUGAAACAUACGAUUAGAAUCUUUGGGCACGGAACUAUCGACUUUAAGUAUGGUUUCGGUACGAGGUUAUUAGAACGAAUCGAACUGGCGCAUCCUCGUCCUGUUUCCAAUCAAAACACCUAUCUUAUGGUAAAUAUGACAGGACUGAUCCCACCCGGCUCUGCAAGCGAGAUUGGAUUAAUGGAUUACUAUGGUAAUGUACUUUAUUCCAAUGUUGCCACAACACAUGUUGGGAAUCCGCAUAUGUUUUUCGCUGGUCCUUUCGUUCCUCCUAAAGGACUUUUCUUUGUCCGUGUUAAAGGCGUCGAUGAGGACAAAUACGAGUAUCAACGAAUCGCUCCAACAGCUAUAGGUUCUGUUGACGUUGGCGGACCGCGUGCUUACAUGAGUCCAACCACCACCGCAUUCGUCAACAUGGAUGCCAAUCUAACGUGCAUGAUUGAAAGUGCAUCUCCAUUCACAUUAUAUUGGAAGAAGGACGACCAACAUAUCGGCGGACCAUUCUUUUACCAGAUUACUGAUACUGCUAGAUGGACUUUGCCAGAAGUAACCCAUAGAGAUCGUGGCGAAUACUACUGCAUUGUUGUCAGCAGCAAUGGUAACCACACAGUAAAGACAUACUUGGAUGUACAAGAGUCACCUCCUUUGCUCAUUUCACCUACCGAAAUAUCUACACCAAUUGGCAAUCCGACGUUUCUUCACUGCCAGAGCCAAUCAUCCAGCAAAGUGGAAAUAAGAUGGCUACGUCACGGUGUAUCCAUACCUAAUAAUUUUAACAAUUUGGUGUACCCCAAUGGAACUCUUCGAAUUCACCAAACAUCUCAGGCCGACGCUGGAGCUUAUGAGUGUCAAGCGAGGAACUUGGGUGGCAUGACGAGUCAAACAAUUCAACUAAAGGUUCUUGAGUUACCUAAAGCUUCUAUAUCACCAAGUAUUCUCUAUUUUGUGCCGCAUACCUCGUUUAACCUUUCGUGUUACGUUGAUGGGGAUCCGCGACCACAACCUUACUGGUUCUACAAUGGUCGUGAAAUCCAACCCGACCACAAGUACUACAUUACGUUCAAAAACGAUCUUAUCGUGCGCGAUCCUUCACCAAACGAUUUCGGUGUCUAUGAAUGUCGUGCCGUUUCCGCUGCUGGUUCUCAUUCCGACUCUGCUACUGUUUACCUUGGCGCUAUGCCGAGCAUCGUACCGUCUCCGGAGACCGUCCGAGUGAAUAUCGAGAGACAGGCCACAUUGCAAUGCAGAGCUGUUGGGCAUCCAUCACCAGCAAUCAGCUGGCAGCGCGACGGUGUACCGCUGGAAAUCGUCGGCAAUUCCCGUUAUACCGUCCUACCUGAUGGCAACCUGCUAAUUACAAAUGCACAAGUAGAAGAUCAGACUAGGUUCACCUGUAUUGCAAAGAACGAAUUCGGUCAGCAAGCGAAAACAAUAAUGGUGAUGAUCACGGGCUUAGUUUCUCCCGUACUUGGCCAUGUACCGCCGGAGGAACAGCUCAUCGAAGGUGAAGAUCUCCAUCUUUCGUGUGUCGUUGUACUCGGAACACCAAAACCUGAUAUCAUAUGGUUCAAAGACGGUGUUCCACUCGAAUCUAGCUCGUCGGUUAUCAUCGAAGGUGGAGGAUCAUCCCUUCUUCUACGUAAUGGAAAUUCCGCGAAUGAGGGCAAAUACACAUGCGCUGCAAUUUCUCCUGCAGGCAAUGCUACUCUGAAUGUGAAUGUACAACUAAUCAAGAAGCCAGAGUUCGUUCUGGAUGAACGCGCGGAGUCAGCAGAAUUGAGUAUUCGCGAAGGACAAAGCAUGGAAUUGCCUUGUCGUGUACGAGGUACUCCAACUCCAGCCGUAACAUGGAGUCUUGACGGAAGACCUAUCAGUAUCAAUUCAAAGGACUACACUAUUACGCAGGAAAACAGCCUCAUUAUUAUUAAUGCCGAUAAGAGUAGUGCAGGAACCUACACGUGCACAGCGAUGAAUCCAGCCGGCGAGAAUGAACAGUCGACAUAUGUGAGUGUUAUUGCCGCGCCAGUAAUCUCACCUGGUCAAAGUUCGUUCAAUUUGAUCCACGGUACCUCAGUGACGAUUCCAUGCGACGUGUACAUGGAGCCAAUGCCAGAAAUUAAAUGGUAUUUAAACGGUGAACCUUUUGAAGACGGCUAUGUUGACGAAAACGGAGCGUUGACCAUUGACAAUGUUGAAGAGAUUCAUCGAGGUCAACUGAAGUGUGUGGCUUCAAAUGAUGCUGGAGAAGACGAACGUGUUGUGACACUUACUGUCCAUACGGCUCCAAUAAUAGACGGCAGCGGACAGGCAAGUACCAUUAGUAAAAUUGUACUUGUAAACGAAACGGUAUCGCUUCCUUGUCCGGCCCAUGCUAUUCCUCCACCGAUUCGUAUUUGGAGUUAUGAAGGGCAGAAUUUGGAAGAAACCUAUAUGCUUUAUGAGCAUGAAGUAGAUGGAGAAUUGAUUCUGCCUUCUGUGCAGCUUGAUAACACCGGUCACUACACUUGCCUUGUGUCAAACCUCGCUGGCGAUGACUCAAUCACUUACAGUCUUGAGGUAACACUGUCUUUUUCUUACGGUAAUAAAGUGCAUGAGAAGCCGAAGAUCGUUUCCGAAACACCAAGUACAAUUGAUGUUAUACUGGGCCUAACGCUCGAAAUUCCGUGCAAAGCACGUGGAACUCCAGAACCAGAACGAAUAUGGAAGAAAGAUGGUAUUCAGAUACGCGACGAUGUUUUGGAUACUGUCAACGUAGACUCUGCCGGGACACUACGAAUUAUGAACACGCAGACUAGCCAUAGUGGUCAGUAUACUUGCGAGGUAGGCAACGCUGUUGGAACUGCUAGUCAAGUUACAACUGUGGUUGUUCAAGAACCACCGGUGAUUUUACCCGCUACAAUGUCGAACUACACUUCCGUGGAGGGAGACUUGGUGGAGAUCCGUUGCUAUGUCAAGGCAAGCCCGCCGGCCGUAAUCCAGUGGUUAAGAAAGGGAGUUCCAAUCCACGAUUCCAUUCCUGGUGUUUCAGUAGACGGUGGCACCUUAGUCAUAGAAUCGGUGAGUAAGGAUGAUGCUGCGUUUUAUACAUGCCAAGUUUCUAAUCCAGCCGGGAAAGCCGAGAAGGUCAUCCGUCUCAGUGUUAUUGUUCCUCCGAAUAUUCCUGAUCAAGACAGGGUUUCACUUGAAUCCAUCAGAAUCCACCAACCGUUUAGUCUUUACUGUCCGGUAAUCAGCACUCCAUUACCGAAGGCUCAUACAACGAGUGCUGGCGUAUACAAAUGUGUUGCUCAUAAUUUGGCUGGUGAAAGCAGUAAAACAUUCGAUGUUGAGGUUAUUGUUCCACUUAACAUUGAUGAAAGCGAAUGGAAGCGAAAAGUAUCAGUGUUUGAGAAGUCGCGAAUAGAGCUAGGCUGUCCAGUAAGCGGCCAUCCUGAUCCUUCUGUUAAUUGGAUUGUUGGUGGAAGAAUUCUGAAUCCUGGUGACAAAGUGAGGGGAAUCAAGUUGUCUGAGAGCGGUAAUUUGGUAUGUCGGUGA